AUGUCCGACUUUACCUCCCUGCGACCGCCCCUCUCGCCCUCGGGCGCCGGCCUCAACCGCGCAAGCCUCCCUGGCGGCUUUGGCGGCCCCCGUGGCCUCCGCCCCAGCUCCGAGAUGCUCAACACGGGCCACCACGCCGGCACGCCCGAGUCCGAGGCCAUCGACCGCUGGUUCGAGGACCUACAGCACUAUGAGGCCACCCUCGAGGAGAUGGCCGCCGCCUCGCUCGACCAGAACUUUAAAGAGGAGCUCAGCGCCAUCGAGCAGUGGUUCCGCGUCCUCUCCGAGGCCGAGCGCACCGCCGCCCUCUACAGCCUGCUCCAGGAGUCGACCCAGGUCCAGAUCCGCUUCUUUAUCACCGUCCUCCAGCAGAUGGCCAGCAGCGACCCCGUCACCGCCCUCCUCUCGCCCAACAACCCCAAUACCUCGAUGGUCGAGCAGAUGGAGGCCAAGCUCGCCUCGCUCGGCCUCAAGUCGCCCGCCGGCAGCGCCAUCAAGGCCCCCGCAUCGCCCGGCGCCGGCGCCUCGAACCGCCACUACCAGCGCCAGUCGACCGACGCCGCCGGCUACCUCUCGCCCAACGUCGCCGCCAUGUACAACAGCCAGAGCGGCAACGACGCCGCCUCGGCGCUCGCCGCACAGCGCGCCAGGCUCAAGGCCAACCGCACCUCGGCGCCCGGCACGCUGCGCGGCGAGAGCCGCAACUUUUCCGGCGGCAACCUCGACCAGGUCGCCGAGCAGCGCGCCAUCGAGCGCAGCGCCUCGCCCGCCAGCGACGCCGCCUCGCGCCCCAAGUCAACCGACCUGAGCAACAUGGCCGGCCGCUCGCCCCGCGUCACGGGCCCGCUCGACGACCAGCUCUCGCCCAUCACCGCCACGGGCAACUGGUCCAGCAUGGUCAACACGCCGCUCGUGCCCAUGUUUAGCGAGCAGCAGAUCAGUGGCGGCGGCGAGGCCAAUGUCAACCUCGACGCCGCCGCCGCCCAGCUCGCCGGCCUCGGCCAGCACCACCACGCCUCGGACUCGUCGCGCGUCCUCAUCGACCCGGACGUGUCCAAGUACCGCCGCAAGAGCGCGCAGAACGGCCAGGCGUCGCAGCAGCCGCAGCACCACCAGCAGCAGCACCAGCAGCAGCACCCGCACACGCACCAGCACCAGCACCAGAGCGGGCCGGGCCAGGUCCAGGGCGUCCUCUCCAACAUGUACGACCUCCAGCACGGCGUCGCCAGCAGCCCCGGACUGUCGCCCAACAUGGCCGCCCAGGCCGGCUGGGGCGCCAGCCCCCUCACCCCGCAGAACGCCGCCUUCGGAGGCGCAGGCAGCGGCGGCUUCAACAUCGGUGCCAUGAGCCCCAACGCGCUCGCCGGCCUCCAAAGCCCCACGGGCGGCAUGUCGAACCCGCUCAACCUCCAGAUGAUGAACGCCAUGGCCGCCAUGAGCGGCCUCAACCUCAACAACAUGAACGCCGCCCAGUUCCUCGCGAUGCAGCAGCAGAUCCUGCAGAACCAGCAGAGCCUCGCCGCCUUUGCCCAGCAGAGCCAGCAGGCUGGCGGCUCGUCGCAGCAGGGCGGCGGCGGCGGCGCGGGCGGCGCCGACGAGGAGGUGCCCGACCUCAGCGUGCUCAACGACGUGGCCCAGUGGCUGCGCCACCUGCGCCUGCACAAGUAUACCCCCAACUUUGAGAAGUCGUCGUGGCGCGAGAUGGUCGUCAUGAGCGACAAGGACCUCGAGGACAAAGGCGUCGCCGCGCUCGGCGCGCGCCGCAAGAUGCUCAAGACGUUUGAGGCCACCAGGCAAAAGUACGGCAUCACCAUGCCCGGCGAGGAUGCCAGCGGCGGCGACGACAACAAGGCCGCCGCCGAGGGCGCCGCCGAGACCAAAAACGACGACGGCGCCGCCGCAGCGGCCGAGUCGGGCGAGGCCCAGCAGAAAAAGGACUGA